AUGGCACAAUUAUUUAAUUCAUUUACUCGUUUAUUUCUAUUAAGUAUAAUUAAAUGGUUUAUUUUAUUAAGAUUAUAUUAUGAAAAUCUUUCAUAUAUAUAUCAAAUAAUAUUAUGUUUUAAUCCAUAUUAUUCAUUAAUUUAUAUUCUUCGUUAUUUAUUUCAUUAUGAAAGAACAAUGAUUUGUCUUAAUUUAAAUAAAAAACUUUAUCAAUUUUUACCGUCUUUAUCAAUUAUUUUUAUUAUUAUUAUUUUAUCUAUUUAUAUUUAUUGGAUACUUAUUUGGUAUUUUGAAAAAAUUUAUCCUGGUAAAUAUGGAAUUGGUUUAUCAUGGAAUUUUCCAUUUUCAAUUGAAUAUUGGAAAUCAUUUAAAAAACAAUCCAUAUUAUUAAAUCGAAAAAUGUCUGAUGAUACAUUAGAAUCAAUAUCUGAUGAAUUUCAAGAUAAUAAUUCUGAUCUUAUUGUUCAAGUUGAAUCAAUUCGAAAAUAUUUUCCUCAAACAAAUCGAACUGUCAUUAAUAAUAUAUCAUUUUAUUUAUAUAGAAAUCAAAUAACUGCUCUUCUUGGACAUAAUGGAGCUGGUAAAACAACUCUAAUGAAUAUUCUUUGUGGAAUAAUUGAACAAACCGAUGGAUCAAUAAAAAUCUGUAAUUAUGAUACAAGAGAUAAUAUGGAUUAUUUACGUAAAAUAAUAUCAUAUUGUCCACAAAAUGAUAUUUUAUUUGAUUUAUUAACAGUUGAAGAACAAAUUGAGUUUUAUGCAAUAGCACGAGGUUUUAUUUGUUUUUUUUUUUGUUUAAAUAUAAAUCAAAAUGAAAACAAUUUAGGUUAUUCAAAUGAUAUAAAAGAUAUUUGUUCAAAUCUACUUCAAGCAGUUAAUUUAACGAAUUAUCGAAAUAUUUUAUGUAAAUAUUUAUCUACUGGAAUGAAAAGACGCUUAUCAAUAGCAUUAGCAUUUAUUGGACAAACUCUUUUUGUUUUACUUGGUUAA